UUUAGGCGGAACUAGACAAUUAUCAGGAAUUUUCUAGAACUGUGAUCCUAAAAGCCUCAUGGUUCCCAGAUGUUCAUUGUAUAAACAACCCUAAAAAGCAAUCUAAUAUUGAUGUGCUGAGAAGUUCCUGCCUUUUCUUUUGCAAGGUCUUCUUACAGUACCACCCAAGUACAUCACUGGUUGCUUGGUGAUUCUGAUUCUUUAUGAUGUCAUGGCUGCCAUAGAAACCCUCUUGUCUAUACAAGUAAAAAUCCCAUCUGCCAGGAGAAGAGCAUGGGAAGCUGAGAGAGGAGGCAACACCUUGAGUCUGGCAGGAUCAAAGCUGCUCAACUAGACCAUCACCACUCUAUGGCCCUGGGUGCAGCUCCACCUUAACACAACGAAGAUGGCUCAUGAAAUUGACUGGUUACGCAGUCAGGCAGGUGUAUGCAAGGUAAACCAUUACAGUGCUGAAACACAGAAAGACCAGGACCGUAAAAUGAUCUGCUUUGUUGAUGUUUCCAGCUUAAAUGUAAAAGACAAAGAUCAGAAGGGAUACAAUGAACUUGAUCUGGGGAGUUUGGAGGAGAAAGAAGUUAUUGUAAUAAAAGAUAAUGAGCGAAACAAUCCGAACAAUACUGAAGGUGCAGUCUGUCUUUUUAAGCAAGGCUCCUCGGAAGAACUCAAUGUUGUAAGCUGGCUAAGCAAUGAUCUUCAGAAAUACGCCAUUGGAUUUCAGCAUGCACUGACACCUUCAAGUGGCUCUCGUAAAUCUCAGCCUUACACCAUAUCAGCUGACAAACUGACCACCACUGCUACUGGUCAAAGAAGCUCAGAUGAUCCUUCUUACGUCAACAGACUUUGCUCCAUGGUUGUUCAAAAGGCACGUCAGGAAAUCAAGGAUAAACUAGAAAGCAACAGUAACAGCAUGCGCCAGCCUCUGAAUGCAGAAAGCAAAGUUUCAACUCCAAGACUCCAUGAUAACGGCUCAGAAAAGCCCUGGUCAAUGGAUUUGCAUGCAAAAGACAUUUUUGGAAUGACAUUAAAGAUGAUACAGCAACACCUAAUGGAAAAAAACAGGGAAGCGUCUCGAGAGAUAAGUUCACCAAGUUACACACACAGGGAGUCUACUAAUUUUGACCGGGCUGGAGGAAGCCAAGUUCCCAAAUGCCUUCCAGGGCCAGGUGGGUUACAAGAUCCUCCACACCACGAACCACCGAAGACAAGCAUAUCUAAUAUCCUUUUGUCACUUGUUCAAAAAGUCUUGCGUGAAGCUGCUUCAAGUCUGGAUGAGGCUACCAGUGAUGCGCAACGGUCUUGUAAGCCGGCCUCCACUUCAUAAAUCAGGCUCAGGAGGGAAAAGGGCCUUAUUAAAAACAGACUAAUGGAACACGGCAUAUGUAUGACAAUGUGGAUCACAUAAGCAAGCAAUUUAUUGACCAGUUGAUGUAAUCUGCGAUAAGGUUGAGCCAGUUCUUGGCUAAGGAAAGAAGUGGCUUCAAGGUAGCAAU